AUGUUUCUCUUACUAGAACCUAACAACAACAUCUAUAACACAUACUGCAACGAAAACUAUAAAUAUAGCCCGAAAGUUCUUCCAAAUAUUCAUUUUUUUUUUCUUCUUUUCAUCACUACUUACUCAAGUAUCAAACCAAUCAAUCAAUCAAUCAUUAUGAAGUUUUCUAUUGCUGCUUUAUCUUUAGCUACUUUGGCUGUUGUCAGUGCUGGUUAUGUUUCCCGUGGUGAAGGUGUAUCCAGAGGUGAAAAAUUCGAAUGUGAUUUCGAUACUUUUGAAUGGAAGUUUGCCUUAGCUGUUAAAGAAUUGAAACAUAAAGGUAAAAACUGGGGUAGAGAUGUUGAUUUAGAUAUUGUUUAUGAACUUGAUGAUGGUCAAUUAUUCCAUGGUUGCAGAGAAACUUAUGAUGCUUCCAAGUGUAAAAACUGUUACGAAGCUUUUGAAUUCAAUGAAGAAGAUAAUGAUAAAGAUUGUGAUGAUGAUUGCAAGAGAAAGAAGAAGGGUCAUAGAAACUACAAACGUGGUGGCUACAGUGAUGGUGACUGUGAUGAUGAUUGCGAAAGAGUUGAACGUUGCAACUACCCAUUCUGUGAGCUUUAUGACGACAAUUGCGACUUGCUCAUCACUUUAAGAGAUGGUGUCUUGAGAGAUGAAAAACAUGCUAUUGGUGAAAUUGUUGCUAAUCAUCAAUUCCAAUUUGACAAACCACCACAAAAGGAUGCCUUACACAAGGAAGGAUUCUCCAUUGUUUACACUGAAGGUAACUACUACUUGGCUCUUGACCACAAGAUCAAAUUCUGGCACUGUAAAGUUGACGACAAAGGGUUAUACAAGCUUUAUGAUGAAUCUAUUGGUGAACAAUGUUCUGAAAUUGAACUUAUUAUUUUGAAAUCUAAUGAAAGAGCUGAAUUUAAUGAAAGAGAAGAAGAAUGUGAUGAUGAUUGCAAAAGAAAGAAGGAACACGGAAAAAAAUACUAA